CUCUCUCUCUCUCUCUCUCUCUGUGCAAAAGAAAAAUAAGAAAUGGCGAAUCCAAAAGCUGAACGCAGAGUGUUGUUACUAUGCGGAGACUACAUGGAAGACUACGAAGCGAUGGUUCCAUUUCAAGCAUUUCAGGCUUAUGGAGUCUCUGUUGAUGCCGUCUGUCCUGGCAAGAAAUCUGGUGAGAUCUGCCCCACCGCCAUUCAUCAAUAUUCUCCUGCUCACCAGACUUAUUCUGAAUCACGUGGUCACAAUUUUACGCUCAAUGCAACAUUUGAUGACGUUGAGUUUGACAAAUAUGAUGGACUAAUAAUACCAGGAGGACGGGCUCCUGAAUAUCUUGCCAUGGAUGCAUCGGUUGUAGGGUUGGUGAGAAAAUUUUCCGAUUCUAGAAAGCCAAUUGCUGCUAUUUGCCAUGGGCAGUUGGUCUUAGCAGCUGCUGGAGCUGUUAAAGGUCGAAAGUGUACCGCGUUCCCAACUCUGGGACCUGUACUCGCUGCUGCAGGCGCUUACUGGGUAGAACCUAAGACCAUGUCGGGUUGUGCCGUUGAUGAUAAUCUAGUUACUGGGGCUACAUUUGAAGGUCAUCCUGAGUUCAUUGGGCUUUUUGUGAACGCACUGGGGGGUAACAUAACUGGUUCAGAUAAGAGGAUCCUGUUUCUCUGUGGAGAUUUCAUGGAAGGUUAUGAGAUAACUGUGCCUUUUCAAUCCCUUCAAGCUCUAGGAUGCCAUGUUGAUGGAGUUUGCCCCAAGAAAAAAGCUGGUGAUAUCUGCGCGACUGCUGUCCAUGAUUUUGAAGGUGAUCAAACCUACAGUGAGAAGCCAGGCCACAAUUUCACUUUAACAGCUGAUUUUGAUACUAUUGAUGUCUCAAGUUACGAUGCUCUUGUAAUCCCUGGAGGUCGAGCUCCAGAAUAUUUGGCAUUGGAUGAGAAAGUUAUUGAAAUAGUGAAGCAAAUCGUGGAAGCUGGGAAACCAAUUGCAUCCAUCUGCCAUGGGCAGCAGAUUUUAGCUGCUGCUGGUGUUCUGCAGGGAAAGAAAUGCACUGCAUACCCAGCAGUGAAGCUUAAUGUGGUUUUGUCGGGAGCAACCUGGCUGGAACCUGAUCCAAUAGAUCGUUGCUUCACUGAUGGAAAUUUGGUUACUGGAGCAGCGUGGCCGGGCCACCCGGAGUUCAUUUCGCAACUGAUGGCAUUGCUUGAUGUUCGAGUAUCAUUCUAGUGGCUGUUUACCUGGUCAGCCGCUUGCAUGUGAUAUACUUAAUUCAUGAAAGAUUAAGACAAGGAUGAUAUGCUGCCUUUUGUAUCAAUGAGGGACCAAGUAAUAAUCUGUUUUUGAUCUGUAUAUGCCAUGUUCCAUGCAAGUAAGUUCUGUCUUGCAUGCGAAUCCCUAUCCUGAUCUGAGAUUGCAUGCUAUUCCUAACAUAGGCGACGAAUAUUGUGACUAUUACUUGUGCUU